AAAAUAAAAAAGCCCAAUAGAACAGUGCAAAUAUGUUGGCACUCAUAAACAGAAUCCUCGACUGGUUCAAGAGCAUCUUCUGGAAAGAGGAGAUGGAACUGACGCUGGUGGGGCUGCAGUUCUCGGGGAAGACAACGUUCGUCAAUGUUAUUGCAUCCGGCCAAUUUGCUGAGGAUAUGAUACCCACAGUAGGCUUCAACAUGCGAAAAAUUACACGAGGCAAUGUAACCAUCAAGGUCUGGGAUAUUGGCGGCCAGCCCCGUUUCCGUUCCAUGUGGGAACGGUAUUGUCGCGGCGUCAAUGCGAUUGUCUAUAUGGUGGAUGCGGCUGAUCUGGAUAAGCUGGAGGCCUCUAGGAACGAGCUGCACUCGCUGUUGGACAAGCCGCAGCUGGCCGGCAUUCCAGUGCUCGUGUUGGGCAACAAACGUGAUCUUCCAGGAGCGCUCGACGAGACUGGCCUCAUUGAGCGAAUGAAUCUAUCGAGCAUACAGGACCGUGAAAUCUGCUGUUACAGUAUUUCGUGUAAGGAAAAGGACAACAUUGACAUAACGCUGCAGUGGUUAAUUCAACAUUCGAAAAGCCAAAGUCGUUAGAUAACUAACACAAACCCCCUCUACACACACACACACACAAAAACAUAGGAACUGUAUCUCACACAGAAAAACUACAUAUAUAUACGAAAA